UCAGAAAAUUAAUUAUUCCAAUUAAAUGGACAAUUAACUCAACAAUCUUAAAUUAUGUGACACCUUUUGAAUACAACAGGAACAAAUUAGUCAACAAUUAACAAUGAAAUAAAAGCGUACAGGUAAGAAAAGGUUGAUUAGCUGUUGACAUCUUUAAUUACUCUAUUUCUGUGUUGGUUUGAUAGUCUCAGGCCCUCUGCCCUUUAUCAAUUGUGAAUUAUUAAUAGUGUAAUACUGAUGUCUAAACUAAUUUAAACAAUGACAAUCAAGUGAACAAUUAAGUGGAUAGUUAUUUGUGGUUGUGAUCGUGAGCCGAAAAAAACAGCUUAAAGUGUAAAUCGUGAGCUUUACCAAACAGCUGACAAGAGGAUUUCUUUUGUUGUAAAAUUUUAAUUUCGGUUUAUUUUGUUUGGUCAUUUACUUGGUUUUCUUGGUUUAAAUUGUGUAUUGAUUUUGUUUUAUAUAACUCUAAAUACUACGAAAAAUGGCCUUAUCCAAAGGUACAUCUCAUUACAAUCGGCAAGUUUGGGAAGAUUCAGAAUUUCCUAUUUUAUGUGAAACUUGCUGUGGUGAUAAUCCCUAUUUGAGAAUGAUGAAAGAACAAUAUGGUUCUGAGUGUAAAAUUUGUAAUCGUCCAUUUACCGUUUUCCGAUGGUGUCCAGGUCAUAAAAUGCGAUACAAGAAAACCGAAGUAUGUCAAACCUGUGCUCGAGCUAAAAAUGUCUGCCAAACAUGUUUAUUAGACUUAAACUAUGGACUUCCAGUUCAGGUACGAGAUAAUGUUUUGAAUAUAAACCAAGAAAUACCUAAAAAUGAGGUAAACCGAGAGUAUUUUAACCAAAAUUUAGAUGCAGCAGUUCGUGAAUCAGAUCCAAGUGAAGCCUGGGGACCUCAUAAAUCUCAACCUCCAAGUGAUGUUUUAGCAAAAUUAGCUCGUAAUUCACCUUACUACAAAAGGAAUCGACCUCAUAUUUGCUCUUUCUGGGUUAAAGGUGAAUGUAAAAGAGGAGAUGAAUGUCCAUUUAGACACGAGAAACCCUCUGACCCUGAAGAUCCUCUAUCAGAACAGAAUAUUAAAGAUCGUUAUUUUGGUAAAAAUGAUCCAGUGGCCGAGAAACUGUUAAAAAGGGUCGCUGAAAUGCCUCGACCUCAUCCACCUGAAGAUAAAUCAAUCACAACCCUUUAUCUUGGUAAUGUCGGUGAAAUUAUGACAGAGAAAAAUUUACGCGAUCAUUUUUAUCAAUUUGGUGAGAUCCGUUCAAUUGCUAUUCUAAGGAAACAAAAUUGUGCAUUCGUUACCUAUGUAACUCGAGAAGCUGCUGAAUAUGCUAUUGACAAAUCUUUCGGUAAACUUAUCAUUAAUGGACAGAAACUUGUUAUCCGUUGGGGUAAAGCUCAAGCCAAACGAGGAACCAUGGGCGAAGGAGAUAAUGAAAAAUCUAAAAUAAAACUUGCUCCCGUUCCUGGAUUACCAAUUGGAUCACCUGAUUAUCUUAUUCCAACUCCUUCAACCUCAUCUUCAGCUCCAUCAACAUCAUCAUCAUCCCAAGUACCAAUGAUUCACUAUCCAUCUCAAGAUCCAAAUCAAAUGGGCUCACAUGCUUUAAAAUAAUGAACGAAAACAAAGCAAAUUUCAUCAAAUUUUUUUUUUCGUUUCAUCAUUUAAUCGAUCAAUCAAUCAACUACCAAUUUUGUAUGCUUAUUUUUCUGUAGCAUCAAAAUUACAGCAAUUAAUCUGUAAUUUGUACAACUAAAUUAAUUGCAUCGAUCUACACAAAAACCAACUUAUCCAAUAACAUAAGUGUAAAUAACAAUAAAAAAAGAAAUCAAAUCUAAAUUGAUUGUUGAUUGAUUUUCAAAUGCUGUUAAAAAAAACUAAAUCAAGUUAAAUUAACUUUUCUAAUGAUUCCAGACAUUAAAUUUGAUUCGCAAUGAAUCAACUCACUAA